GGUGCUCGGCGGGCGAGGCAGGGAAUCAUGGCAGCUGACAAAAACAAUGAAAAACAAAUUUUUACGGAGGAUUGGAUAGAUGAAGAAUUUAUGAGAGAUGAACAAACUAAGAUAUUACUUAAUGACACGUUAAGGGAAAAUAUCAACUUAAAGGUGGAGAUCCAAAAGCUUCAAGAGGAGUUACAGGAGACCACCGGGAACUCUCAGAUUAAAGAGGACAUUCCAGAAACAAAGAUGAAAUUCACAUCUUUAGAGAAUCCUGAGAAUGAGAGCCAGUUUUUAAAUAUCUCCUGUUCAUUUCAAGUGAGCUCACCAGUUCCUUACGAGCUACAAAAGGGAGAAGCGCUUAUCACCUUUGAAGAAGAAGAAGUUGCUCAAAAUGUGAUCAGAAUGGGGAGACACCACGUGCACAUAAAGGACAUAGCUGUGGAGGUCAUGGCUAAACCAGUUCCCUUAAAAUCAGGAGUCAGAUUCCAGGUUCAUGUAGAAGUGUCUAAAGUGAAGAUCACUGUUACUGAAAUUCCCGAUGAAUUGCCUGAAAACCAGAUGAGAGACAAGCUAGAACUGAGCUUUUGUAAGUCUCGAAAUGGAGGUGGAGAAGUGGAAUGCGUGGAGUACGAUAAACAGGCCAGAAGUGCUGUCAUCACAUUUGUGGAAAGUGGAGUUGCUGAAAGGAUUUUGAAAAACAAAGACUAUCCUCUUUACAUAAAUCAAGAUUGCCAUAGAGUUGCUGUUUCUCCAUACAUGGAAACACACCUGAAAAAGUUCCAGGUAUUUUCAGGAAUAUCUAAGAGGACAGUGCUUUUGACUGGCAUGGGAGACUUUGACAUGAUGGAUGAGGAGACUGUGGAGGAUUUAAUUGGCAUUCACUUUCAGCGGGAGAAGAACGGAGGUGGAGAAGUAGACACGAUCAAAUGUUCUCUCCAUCAACCUUACGUGGCAUACUUUCAGGAAUAGGCUUAUGGAGUCAUGAGAAUUAGAGCUUCUGAGCCCAAAUUACCAUCGGUAUUGGGGGAAAUGAGUAUCUUUCUCCUUUAAAAAAUGAAAGCUUUAAUUCUUAGUGUCCAUAUAUUCUUAAGAGACAAAUAUAUUUUUGUGUUUCUGAAUGUUCCUUUGUUUCCAGCUGUGCCACAUAUUUAGAAAUGCAAUAAGCUCCCUAUAUUAAAAACAGUCUUGUUCAUAAAUUACGUGGAUUGGUGCCAUGUCCUUUGAAAUCAACUGUAAAUGAUACAACGGACUUCCUGCCAAGUUGGCUCCUGCCACAGUCACUUGAGCCAAUUCACUUUUGGCCCCAGGUCCACCAGCAUGCAGAUUUGACUCUUAACAUUCCCCACAAGAAUUGUUAUAUUCAGCAGUUUGUGAUGUGUGUACUGAAUUUUCAUGGGACUCUGAGUUUUCAGUUCCCAUUUCCAAAGUAUUCCCACGGCUCCAGAGGUAUUUCUCAAAGCCAAGUGUAGUUUUCUCUUGAACUUUCCUUUACCCAGAGUGUCAAGUCCUUUUUAAGACACUCGCUCUCCAAAUAGAACUUGUAAAGACCAGAAUUUUCUUCCUUUUACACUUACAGUGGGAACAAUAGGUGUAAGGGGUUGACAGCCUUGGAGUAAAGAGAGAGGUAAAUGCAAAGCUCCUGUUCCCUCCCUCAGGCUUGAUGCGGGGGAUGACUGAGGGU